AUGGUGAGUGAGGGGCCACUGUCCCACGUGGGGAGAAGCCGCUGGGAACAGUGUGGGGUGCCCCCGGGGCUGUGGAAAUGGCAUCAUGACGCGGUGUCUGGAGAUGCAGUGACCUAUGAGGAUGUGCAUGUGAACUUCACUCAUCAAGAGUGGGCUUUGCUGGAUCCUUCCCAGAAGAGUCUCUACAAAGAUGUGAUGCUGGAAACCUACUGGAACCUCACUUGUAUAGGAUACAAAUGGGAAGACCAUAAUAUUGAAGAACAUUAUCAAAAUUCUACAAGGCAUGGAAGGUGUGUCAUCUGUCACUCUGGACACAAUCCAUGUGAGCAUAAGGGGUAUGGAAAGAAGCAUUGUACUUCUGUCUCUUUCAGAGCAACUGGAAGAUAUGUGGUAGUCCCCACUAUGAGAAGACAUGAUGACUGUGAUACAAGUUUACAAUUAACUGGUUUUCCAACUUCAGUGGGAAUUCAUCAAGAAACUCUCAUUGGAGAAAAACCUUAUGAGUACCAAGAAUAUGGAAAUUCAUCUCUCUCUACUGGUUCACUGUGCACAGGUAGUGUGGCUCACAGUAUAAGAAAAUGUUAUGAAUGCAAUCAGUGUUCUCUGAGUUCUUCAAGUUCUCUUCAAAGAUGUGAAAAAGCUCAUGUGGGAAGAGAAAAUAAUAAAUGUGAGUCAUCUACUAAAGGCUUUAGGCCUGACAGGCAUCGUCAAACACACCAAAGAACCAAUAACCAAGAGGCUCUCUAUGAAUGUAAUCAACAUGAUAAAGCCUUCAGAUCUGAUUGCUCUUUAGAAGUAUACCAAAAAACUCAUUUGGAAGGAAAACCCUAUGAGUAUAGUCAAAGUUAUGAAGCCUUUGAAUGUCACAGUCUUCAUCAUCAAGUACAUAGAAUUCAAACAAGAGAGAAAUGCUAUGAAUGUAAUCAAUACAGUAAAGCCUAUGUACAGAUGAGUGAUCUUCACAGACAUGAAAGAAUUCAUAUUGGAGAGAAAACAUAUGAAUAUAAUCAAUGUGAUAAAGCCUUUUCAGAGAAGAGACAUCUUCAUGGUUACGAAAGAUUUCAUACAAGAGAGAAACCCUAUGUAUGCAAUCAAUGUGGUAAAGCCUUUACAGGAAAGAAUAGUCUAUGCAGACAUGAAAGAAUUCAUAUUGGAGAGAAACCCUAUGAAUGUAAUCAAUGUGGUAGAGCCUUUGCACAGAAGAGUAGUCUUCAAAAUCAUGAAAGAAUUCAUACUGGAGAGAAACCCUAUGAAUGUAAUCAGUGUGGUAAAGCCUUUGCACAGAAGAGUAGUCUUCAAAGUCAUGAAAGAAUUCAUACUGGUGAGAAACCAUAUGGAUGUGAUCAAUGUGGUAAAGCAUUUACACAGAAGAAUCAUCUCCAAAGUCAUGAAAGAAUUCAUACUGGAGAGAAACCCUAUGAAUGUAAUCAUUGUGGUAAAGCCUUUGCAACAAAGAGUCAUUGUCUCAGCCAUGAGAGAAUUCAUACUGGAGAGAAACCCUAUGAGUGUAUUCAAUGUGGUAAAGCCUUUGCAACAAAGAGUUAUCUUCUCAGCCAUGAAAGAAUUCAUAAUGGAGAGAAACCCUAUGAAUGUAAUCAAUGUGGUAAAGCCUUUGCACAGAAGGGUAAUCAGCUCAAUCAUGAAAGAAUUCAUACUGGAGAAAAACCCUAUGAAUGUAAUCAAUGUGGUAAAGCCUUUGCAAUGAAGAGUCAUCUUCAAAGUCAUGAAAGAAUUCAUACUAGAGAGAAACCCUAUGAAUGUAAUCAUUGUGGUAAAGCCAUUGCCUCAAAGAGUUAUCUUCUCAAUCAUGAAAGAAUUCAUACUGGAGGAAAACCCUAUAAAUGUGACCAAUGUGGUAAAGCAUUUGCAAAGAAGAGUAAUCUUCACAGUCAUGAAAGUAUUCAUACUGGGCAGUAACAUAUGGAUGUAAUCAAUGUGGUAAUUUAAGAUGUGAGAUCAUGUGGGUGUCAUGUUGGUGCUGGAAACUGAACUGUGUUUUCUACAAGAGGUACUAACUGGAGUCCAGUUCCAUAGGGUUUCAGGUCCCAAAGAAGAGAUCAGGUAUCAGCAGAGGGAGGAGACCGCCAUGAUCUGAGCAUGAAGCAGUAUAGCUGCUGCUUUAUUGAAAAACGACUAUGCAUUUUAUGCUCUAUAACUGAAUCUUAGUUUAGACUUAAGCAGGUUAAAAACAGACUUAAUGAUUCCAGGGUAAAAGCAGUCUUCAACCUCAUUACAGUAUUUUUCUGAGGCAAAAAGUGAUAAAUUCAGCAAGUAUCUUCAUGCCUUUCUGGAUGUGAGCACAUGGUUUCCUUUCAUAGUUGCUUUCAUCCCUGGAACUUGGUGUAUCCAGUUAGUAAAUAAUUAAGUUUUCUAUUUUUGGUGUAAUCAGGGGGACACAAUGGGGCUUCUUGUGUGGGAGUAGACAUAGUGAUCACACUGUGUGCUUCCAUGUUGGUGGGGUUUUUUCAAAGAAUUCUUUAAAGAGAGUGCUUUGCCUAUGUAUAUGUUCCCAUCCUCCAGCGU